AUGUCAUCUAACAAAUCAUCAUUGCGCAUCUAUGACGCACGUUUUGGUAGAUCAAUCACCUUGACACAUCAUUUAUCUUACGAACACCCCUUUAAUCCAUACAUCCUCUCAAUGAAAAUAAGACCGCUGAAGGGCCACGACAUUCCGAACGUUCAGCAGCUUAACCACCUUACACUCCCAGAAAAUUACACUCUUGAGUUUCUUUCUAUCCAUUACCUCCUCAAUCCAUCCACGAAUUACGUGGCAGUACUUGGAAACAUGCUUGUUGGAUACCUGCUGGCGGACAAAAACGGAACAGUCAUAAGCUUGAGUGUUGAAAAGGCGUAUCGCAACAUGAACGUGGCGACAAAUCUCAUGCACGUGUUCAUUAAUAGAAAUGGCAAUGACAAGGUAUGUCUCUGUGUGCGUGUCAGUAAUUAUCGUGCUGUUAAAUUCUACGUAGGUAGGUUUAAUGGUGUUAUCAGGUAUGUGGUGAAAAAUUACUAUGAGAAUGGAGAUGAUGCGUAUUUUGUUGAGAUUGAAAGGAAGUGUGGCGGUAGGGAGAAUGCAGAGUAGCGCACAGAGUUAUUUCUACAGAAUUGGCUCAAUCAUAGAGUAUGAAGAAUUGAUGGGGAAAGGCGUGAGGCGAUUUGUUGACAUUUUCCUAUGAACAGAAACAUGGCUAGUCCCUAUGGAUCGUAAAGGUGGUUUCUUUAUGUGUUUUUGUAUGAAGUGGUAGGUAAACGUGUUUUUAAGGAAAAAAUGGUGACAUGUCGAAGAGAGGAAAGUGAAUGAUAGUGACGAUAUAUCGAUAAUUAUUACGAAUUUGUAUGGUAUGAGGACUUUAUAUGGCUUAUAUCCCAAAAAAUGCAAUAUUGGUAACAAAAAUUUUGUAUUUUGUGAGCGAAAAGCUGGAGUAUGCAAAGUUAAGUAUAAAUAAAUGAUUUACUGGUCCGAAUAGUACUAUUUCCUUAUAAAAAACAAAUAAAUAGCCGUAA